GAGGCAGUCAGCUGACCUGUGUGUGCGGUUGCAUCCUAAAUCACACCCUAUAGGAUAUUUAGUGAACUACAUAGGGAGUUUAAACCAUUAUUAGUCCCUUAGGUGUAAUCAGUCAUAGGUUGUUGGAGAUCCAGACUUGUAGGGUUUACAACGAAAGACAUGUCAGAGGGAGAUGGUGUGCUGUCCAGUACGAGCUUUCUGUCCAGCGAUGGUGGUAAUUUUAGCUCUCUUUGCCCAAAUGGCUCAGAAUGGAUUUGGUCCAAACUCGGAGAGUGCACUCAGGACACCCGGGACAUGGCCAGUGUGGUCCUAGGUCUGCUGUCCAUCGCCUGUUUCAUCGUGUCCUCUUUCCCGCAGUACUACAGCUCGUGUAAGGCCGGGAACAUGGACAGCGCUUUAUCCAUUUGGUUCCUGUUGUUUUGGCUUGCGGGUGACUCGUGUAAUCUCACAGGCUCGUUUUUAGCUGACCAGCUUCCUCUUCAGAAAUACACCGCGGUGUACUACGUCCUGGCCGACCUUUUAAUGUUAAGCAUGUAUACGUUCUAUAAGACGAAGCACCUACCACGCGGUGACCGCAGGACGGUGCUGUAUGCGUUGGGUGUGCUGGGUACACUCGGGACAUUUUCCUCUCUGCUGCACUCUCCUGUCUCUGAUGUACACACACGCAUCUCCUCCUCGGGCUUCAGGGGCCGAACGCUGCUGGCUGUGGAUCAGCUGAACGCGAGUUCAAUAGAGCCUUUCAGCACAAAGGAGAUUAUUGGCUUCACGGUCGGCUCGAUCUCCUCUGUGCUCUAUCUCUGCUCCAGACUGCCACAGAUUUACACCAAUUUUCGGAGGAAGUCGACAGAAGGCGUGUCGUUCUUUCUGUUCGCACUGGUGAUUCUGGGUAACGUCACGUACGGGCUGAGCAUACUGGUGAAGAACCCGGGGCGAGGGGAGAGUGAGACAAGUUACCUCAUACAUCACCUGCCCUGGCUCGUCGGCAGCCUGGGGACGCUCUCGCUCGACCUGGUCAUAUCUGUUCAGUUUAUGAUUUACAGCAGAGCUUCAAAGAGGAAAGUCAGCAGAGCUUCAAAGAAGACAGCAGACAGUGAUGAGACCGCGGCUCUCCUGAAUGACUGACUGAGUGCUCGGACCUCCAAACCUUCACCACGCUCGACCCCCCCCCCCCCCAUGCCCCCACACCAGAGCACCAAGGACUGUCUAUAGCACGUUUCUUUCUCUUUUAUUUUAUAUUAACACUAGUUUUAUAUCAAGUGAUGACUCGAAACAACUUGAAACCUUUUAUAGCUUUUAUUUCUUGCAAAAAAAAAUCCCCCCACCCACCCCACCCACCCCCAAACAGUGCAAUAUAUUCAUCAGGAGAAGAUCCAUGUGUGUUUGUCAUGUACAGAUGUUAAAGAUCACAUCUUUCGUUUACAGAGUUUUGUUUUUAGGAAUAAAUCGUCUGUAUGUAUCGUACGCUUUUAAUUUUGUAAAUCGGUUUUAAUGUUUUGACGGUAAUUUCGUUCGAAACUCUGUACAGAGGAUUUUUUUUAUUUUUUUUGCCUUACAUUCAAGUUAUCUUAGAAUGUUUAUUUUCAUUUUAUAAUGCAAAUCUAAGGGCAGUUGUUGGGGGAGGAUGUAAAAUUUUACCGAGACAUUGAUGAGUCCUUUCAGAGGUAUUUGUGCUCGUGCGAUAACGGUGGUGUUAUGAAUUCAAUAACAUAUUGACGCUGAUCUCUCAUUUUACUCUAAUCCAGGUCCUUGACCUUUAACUGGUUUUUAAUAUUGUUUUAUUAUUCACAUUUCAUCUGCCCCUAGAUUAACAGCUGCCCCUAGACCACUGUAAGUUUCUAUUCAACAGUUUAUCUUCCCUCAUUGCAGUGAAUUUAUCCCAGGUGUUGAAACGAUCUGGAAUACACACAGAUAUUCUACGUAUUUGUGUCAUAGAGCUCAGACAAAACAACUCCUUUAAUUAAAGAUAUGCUCAUGUAGGAGCUAAUAUCUCAUUAAUGUCUGCUGUUUUCUUUCUCGCUUUCAAACGAGUGACAUUACACGUAUAGAAAAGCUUCCCUUUGUGUCUCUCACUUAGGUGUCAAUGCAUCACAGAGGCCUCACGGCUGCUGGUACACCAGUGUUACGACUGUAAAAAGCAUUCUUUAUUUGUGGAAGUCCUUUUACUCGGCGUGAUGCCGGUCACGGUCGUGUGUUGUUCCUGGAAAAGGCACUCGUGUCGUUUCCUCUCAUUAGCCGAGUCUCUGUCGUUAGUCUCGUGUGAGUUAGGGGAACUGGGUUGGAAUGUGUGACCUUAAAAAUGUCCCCCUUGCCCUCUGUGAGAGCCCACCCAGGCAGGAAGAGGGUCAGAAGAGUGUGUGUGUGUGUGUGUGUGUGUGUGUGUGUGUGUGUGUGUGUGUGUGUGGUGACAGUGAGGGAGUGCAAGUGCGAUUGUGUCGCUGCGAUUGUGAAACUCCAGGAUGGAGUGAGAAAGGCAGCAGGGCUCCACGAGGCCGCAGGAAGAGUGCAGAGAUAGUGACGGCUCAUCCAUCAGCAGCCUGAACGGGGGCUGUUUAUAAAUACCGAACCUCUGGGAAUGUUCUAAUGAGAGCCUCGAUUCAGACACGAAAGCCAUCGCUUUCAAUCCUUUCAAGUAAAUCCACUCAUCUUAGACAUUUUCACCGAAACAAACGUGAUAUUUGGUCUUGUCACAUUCUCUAAGUGUACACGAGAUGGGGCCGAAUAGUUGAGCCAUUACAUUAAAUCUGAAGAUAAGUGAACAAGAUUGAAUAAAAAUAUAAAUACAACAACAAAAUUCUUUAUUAAAAAAAAAGAUAAAGACAUUUUCUAUAAACUGUAUUAAAAUCUUGCUCUUAUACUGCUGUAGUGUUAUCAUGUUAAAUAUGAAUUAAAUUCUCAGAACAAAAACUAUA